ACUCUUCUGCUCACAUCAUCACUCGACUUAUAGUCCUUCUCUUUUCUUUGACACCUCUCUAUAUUUCUCCCUCCUCUUCAUCACAGACACCACUCGAGCGACCCAGCAUUUUCAAUACAGUCUAAACUAGUCAUCCAAAUCUCUCAAUCGGGUCAGGGAGAAAUGGCAUCCAGUUCAAUGUCGAGGGGUUCGAGCUCGUGGACGGCGAAGCAGAACAAGGCGUUUGAGGAGGCACUGGCGGUGUACGACAAGGACACGCCAGACCGCUGGCACAAUGUGGCCAAAGCCGUGGGUGGCAAAACUGCUGAGGAGGUGAAGAGGCAUUAUGAGUUGCUUGUGGAGGAUGUGAAGCAUAUUGAGUCUGGCCGAGUCCCUUUCCCUAAUUACAGGACAACCGGGCGGGGAAACGUUAAUGGAUGAAGAAUCUGAAGCUCCAUUGAAGGGUAUUGGGAGAGAGAGAGAUAUGGUAAAGAAGCAGCAGAUAUAUGAUAAUAAGAAGACCAGUACCUGUAUUACCUUUAGGAAUAAUCACAAGCAGUGAUCUAAAUGUUUCAAUAUUGUCAAGUUACGUGCUCCUUGAGUUGUACUCAACCGUGUAUUUUCCCAUUACGCAAAUAUAAAUUCUCGACGUGUUAGUUA